UUCUCCCCAGUAGCUGGUUCCCUGCUUGGCUUAAAGGAGGACUACAGCCAGAUGGGGUGUGGGCAGAGGCGUAUGUGUGUCUGUGCCUUAUGGAAAAGGGAGUGCACUGAGGGGCUCCCUCACUAAAAGACGAAAAGGUCCCAGCCAUUAACCUACUGCAUCUAAAAGGCAGGAGGGGCAGCAGGUUCAAGACCUGGAGGGACAUUGGGCUCCAGCCACCUGCAACAGGCUCCCUGUCUCAUGGCCUUUGAGACCCCAUCCCAUUUGUGGUCUCUCUGAGUGAUUUCACCGUGUGGUGGGGGGGGGGGGGGGGCUUCUCAUUUAGCCACUUGGCAAAUGUGCCCUGGACAUUUAUGGUGGCCAGGCUCUAUCUGUACUGGGCAGUGGGACACAGGGCAGCAAGAACUGCAGCCCCAACCACACCCAGCCAUCAGGAGGCCUCAGGGACAGGGAGAGGAGCUGGGGGAAGACAGGAGAAGGGCCCACAGAACUUGAGCAUGAAAUGCAAAGAUGGAGUGAAUGGGGAGUAAGGAUGGUCAGGUGUCCUGGGAGAUCCUCCCUGCUGUGGGAGUCAGAAGGCAAUGAAAGGUCACCUUUCCCGGGGAAGGGAGCUUCCUAGGAGAGGUAACAUUUGAACAGGGUCUUGAACCAUGGGCAGUAUUUGGACACAGAGUUUGGGAUGGAAGAAGCAUUCUUAGGAGAGAAAUAAUGUGAGCAAAGGCCUGGGGGUGUAAUUAGUUAUUCAAGUCUGCUCAGCCCUUGGUUCUGUUGAAGGUGAUGGCAGGUCCUGGGCCACAUAGUGUUGGUGGAUAUGGCAGAGAUUGUGUUCCUCAAACCCAUGCGGGAACAAAGCUGGCCAUUGUAAAUGGCCUUCCAGCAAGUGCCAAUAGUAACCACUUGGAGCGUGCUAGCUGUGUUUACUCUUCACUGGGGUUUCCAGGCAGCCUUUCUGGUGGCCAGGCUAAGCAUCCUGCUUCCGUGUCCCUCCAGACACCCUGGAGCUAGAAGCACCUCUCUCCUCCACCAGUGGAUGCUCCCAAGUGUCAGGGCUCAGUUCAUUGUUGAAUCUACUUCUCCCCAGCAGCUGGCUCCCUGCUUGGCUCAAAGGAGGACUCAGCAAGGGUUUGUUGUGUGACUGUCAGAUAUAAGGAAGGUAUAGCCGGUCUGUCUGCCCUUUCCUUUCCAAGAAGCAAAGCCAAAUUGCCUCCAGAUAACCAAAAAAUCACCAAAACCCCACCCUGCAAGCCAACAAGCCUUAUCCCUUUCAUAGGCAAGGACAGCCAUACCUAUGCUACAGAAAUCCAAACAUCACAGAGAGUAGGUGGAAUGUUCUAUUCGGAGUAUGGGAGAGACUAAGCUUAUGACCUUCCACACCAAUUCCAGUCUUGGCUCCAUUCUGGUUUGAGCAGAAUGAUUGUACGAAUAGGUGCAGGGUCCCUGAGGUGGGCCAGUGUGUCUGGGCUGAGGGAGCCACAGAGGUCUCUGGCUCAAGCUGAGCCUAUGUGUCUAUGUUCCAUCUUCCCAGUCCUUCUUCCAUGGAGAAGCCCCUCACGGUCCUGCGAGUGAGCCUGUACCACCCCACGCUGGGCCCAUCUGCCUUUGCCAAUGUCCCACCACGGCUGCAGCAUGACACCAGUCCCCUGCUGCUCGGACGGGGGCGGGACACCCACCUCCAGCUGCAGCUCCCCCACCUCUCCCGGCGUCAUCUGUCCCUGGAGCCCUACCUGGAGAAAGGCAGUGCUCUUCUGGCCUUCUGCCUCAAGACCCUGAGCCACAAGGGCUGUGUGUGGGUAAACGGUCUGACACUGAGGUACCUGGAGCAGGUCCCCCUCAGCACCGUCAACAGAGUCUCCUUCUCAGGCAUCCAGAUGCUACUUUGCGUAGAAGAAGGCACAUCCCUGGAGGCCUUUGUCUGCUAUUUCCAUGUCAGCCCUUCACCGCUGAUUUACAGAUCUGAGGCUGAGGAAACUGACGAAUGGGAAGACGUCUCCCAGGAGCAGCCUCCCCCGGGUUCAGGGCAGCAGACUCCAGGUUGCCUGGGGUUUCUCCACGUCCCUUCCCAGACUUGGGACAGCCCUCUCCAGCCAAGCCCUGGAGGAGGAACAGAAAUACAGCUCCAGAGGGAACCCCCAGACGGUGCACUCUACUAGCCCCGCCACUAGAGCAAACCUCUGCUAGAUGAAACAGGGCUUGAAAUAUUUGAGCUGCAUCAUGCAAGGUUGACAUGCAAAACCCGCUGGCUGCCUUGCUCAUAAUGAACCAAUUCUGCAAACACGGAACAAAUAGCCUGGGGUGGAGGAGCACCCUCUGUGGCCAGAGCUAUGCAAGGUAAUGGGAACUUCAUAUAUUUUUAGAGGCCCUGAGGGGUUCUGGGGAGGCUCUCUCAGCAUUUCCACACGUUUCCCCCUCUUGUCUUACUAGGAGUUACUUUAUGUUGUUCAUUUUGCAUGCUGCUUAAGAGCGGGAGUUUGAGGUUGCACCAGGAAUGCGUGGACACAUGUAACAAUUAUAUUUGUGGUAGCUUGGGGUUACCUUCAGCUUUCAAAUACCCACAGGCACUCGGGGCUUAGGAAAGCCUGAGUUUAAUAAACUGCAAGUAUUUCAUUAAGCUGGCACACCCAAUAUGAUUCCCUGAUCCCCAGAUGGGCCAAAUGCACGCCACGUUGUCAUGCAGAGGUGGGAGUGGGAAAUAGACGAGGUGUAAGAGGA